AUGGCGACACAAAAUGAGGCUGGAAGUACUGAAGUGACUUUUGAGAAACCCGACCCAUACACCGACAUAGAGCUGCUAGUGGAGGGGGAAAGUUUGUACUGCAACAAAACCAUCUUGUCGUACGCGUCGCCGGUUUUUGCUAAAAUGUUUCACGGAGAAUUCACGGAAAAGGAUCAAGCGAAGAUACCGCUUCCGGAAAAGAAGUAUGAUGACUUUCGUUCUUUUCUAUUGUGCAUACACCCUGCUACGUUAAAAGAAGUAACAACGGAAAACGUAGAGAAGGUACUACCUCUUGCAAACAAAUACCAAGUAUCCCACCUUAAGGAAAAAUGUGACGUUGUUCUUGAGAAAAUCAUUACCGAUUAUAGCUACAAAAUAUAUGGCUACGGUGCACAAGAUAAACUUGUGCAUUACCUCGAACUCGCUCGUAAUUUUGACCUGGUGAAGACGAACCAAAAAGCUGUUCAAGUUAUCGCAUCUAUGUCUUGGAAGAACAAUAUAAAACCAAGUUUGGAAAAAGCUGGAAUCGACGAUAAAGUAAAACUAGAAAUUUUGUCUAGACGUAUGGAAGAUCUUGAAUCUGGAAAAUUGAAGCUUUAA